UGCCACGACGCUGAGUUGCGCUGGUUCACACUUCCAGUGUUUCAUCUAGUAGACAAAGAUACCGAAGACAGUGGAUGGAUUGAUGACCGUCACCGUAGCACAAGUGGUAGUGCAACGCACGCGUAAAGCGAAAGUUGUAGUUUUGUCUUUCACCGGCGACAACCGAUGACCAGUGGUGAACGAGGCAGGCCGAACAAGUGUCGAGGAGCGGCGCAAGGGCGAAGGAACGGAAAGACCUGUGGUGGCACACAUCCGGCGUUGCUACAAAUAAAAGCAGGAGGCCCCAACCAGGAGCAUCACAGAGAGACAGUGACCGUCACUGCGCUGACCAACCGGACCGUGAAGCCUAAGACCGAAAGUGCCACCAUGAUCGCCCUGAACAGCAAGUCCCUAUUGGUGGCCGUCGUUGUGCUCGCCGCCAUGUGCAGCCUCGCUGCCGCCCAGUUGGGAUACGGCGGCGGAUUCAACCGCGGCUACGGCGGUGGCUUCAACCGCGGAUACGGGGGAGGCUACGGCGGUGGCUUUAACCGCGGAUACGGAGGAGGCUACGGCGGAGGCUUCAACCGCGGAUACGGAGGAGGCUAUGGCGGAGGCUAUGGCCGUUAAUUCCGCAAGGAAUCGAGAACACGAACGCAUGGUUUGCACACCUGACAGAAGUUGGGCAACGUGGGAACGACCAACGACGCACGUCUGCAAUAUUGCAGAAGCAAUAAACUUGUUUGCCAAUGCUG